GGCCGUUCGUCCUCCCGAAAGGUGAAAGCAGUGUCUAUCGGUUUCUCGAGCGAUCCGUGAAACUUCAAAAUGAACGCCAUCCUCCGCGGCGGAGUGUACGGCCGCUGUUUGACGAGGUCCCUGCUCUCGUCUCAAUGUGUGCCUCUGAGGGCCUCUUCAUCGAUUCCAUCAGAGGCCUUCUUCGAGAAGCAGAAGGCUCUCAAAAGGCCCCUCAGUCCUCAUCUAAGCAUCUACAAGCCUCAAUUGACAACCGUGCUCUCCAUCUCGCAUCGUAUUAGCGGAAUUGGACUCACCGCGGUGGUUUACGGGAUGGCCAUCGGGGCCUUAGCUUCCAAAGGACAAUUUCCCGAAUGUAUAGCGGCCAUCCAAGCAGCGCAUGUCUCACAGGCAAUCAUCAUCCCCACGAAGUUUCUGACAUCCAGCGCCUUCUUCUUCCACUUCUACAAUGGGAUCCGACAUCUGUGCUGGGAUAUGGGCUUGGGCUUCACAAUCAAGGAGCUAUAUCUGACAGGCAAAAUCGUAGUGGUGCUUUCAGCUGUUUCAGCCGCGUACGCGACAUUUAUGCUGUGAGCUCAUUUGCUUAGUGAGUAGGGGGUCGAUAUGGGUUUCAUACGAAGACUGGGAGACGAAGCGCAGAUCUGUGUUAGAUAAUAAAUCGAAGAUUACCCGUGGAACGUGAA